GAUGCCGAGGAAUUUCCCAACCUGGCAGUUGCAUCUGAAAGAAGAGACAGAAUAGAGACACCGAAAUUUCAAUCUAACAGCAGCCACAGGAUAACUUUAGAAACAAUGUAAAGAAGAGCCAGCUUCCAGUGCAGCUGGAUUUGGGGGCAUGCUGACAGCCCUGGAGAAGAAGCAGCACUCUCAGCAUGCAAAGCAGUCCUCCAGACCAGUGGUAGUCUCAGUUGGAGCAGUGCCAGUCCUUUCCAAAGAAUGUACGUCAGGGGAGAGAGGCCGCCGCGUGAGUCAAAUGAAGACCCCACACAAUCCCUUGGACUCCAGCGCCCCGCUGAUGAAGAAAGGAAAGCAGAGGGAGAUCCCCAAGGCCAAGAAGCCAACCUCACUGAAGAAGAUUAUUUUGAAAGAACGGCAAGAGAGAAAGCAGCAGCGUCUCCAAGAAAAUGCUGUGAGUCCAGCUUUUACCAGUGAUGACACACAAGAUGGAGAGAGUGGUGGUGAUGACCAGGUUCCUGAGCAGGCAGAGCCCUCAGGGCCAGAGGGGAUGGACGAACCGAUCUCCACUCCUGCGAUUGAGGGCAAGUCUGAAGAGCCACCAGGCACAGAACUCCAGAGGGACACAGAGGCCUCCCACCUUGCUCCCAAUCACGCCACCUUCCCUAAGAUCCACAGCCGCAGAUUCAGGGAUUACUGCAGCCAGAUGCUUAGUAAAGAAGUGGAUGCUUGUGUUACCGACCUACUCAAAGAACUGGUCCGUUUCCAAGACCGUAUGUACCAGAAAGAUCCAGUCAAGGCCAAGACUAAACGUCGACUUGUGUUGGGGUUGAGGGAAGUUCUCAAACACCUGAAGCUCAAAAAACUGAAAUGUGUCAUUAUUUCUCCCAACUGUGAAAAGAUACAGUCAAAAGGUGGGCUGGAUGACACUUUGCACACAAUUAUUGAUUAUGCCUGUGAGCAGAACAUUCCCUUUGUGUUUGCUCUCAACCGCAAAGCUCUGGGGCGCAGUUUGAAUAAGGCAGUUCCUGUCAGCGUGGUAGGGAUCUUCAGCUACGAUGGGGCCCAGGAUCAGUUCCACAAGAUGGUUGAGCUGACAAUGGCGGCCCGACAGGCGUACAAGACCAUGCUGGAGAAUGUGCAGCAGGAGCUGGCGGGAGAACCCAGGCCUCAGGCACCUCCCAGCCCGCCCACACAGGGCCCCAGCUGCCCUGCAGAAGAUGGCCCCCCAGCCCUGACAGAAAAAGAAGAGCCACACUACAUUGAAAUCUGGAAAAAACAUCUGGAAGCAUACAGUCCAUGUGCCCUGGAGCUAGAGGAAUCCUUGGAGGCUUCAACCUCUCAAAUGAUGAAUUUGAAUUUAUGAGAGUUCUUGCCUGUGUAUCUGUAUUUUGGCACUCCUAGGUCUGGAAGUAAUGAUUGUCAAAAGCCUCCAACACUGCACAGACCUGCCGGGGCCAGAUCCUGGCUCAGUCCCAACCUGCGCUUGCGUUCUUCUCACCACAGCCAAUGGCAGGAAAGAAUCUUCACUGCUUUUUGCUUGUCAGGUAAGCAGGGUAUUGUUUUGGCUUUGAAAGUGCUCUUAAUUGAAUUCAGUCAUGCCAAUAUUGUACCUCUGAGAAGUGGCCAGUGAUGAGCAAAUAAAAUUGGAAUGAGUCAGAAAUGACAUGCUACGGGCAGGGCUGGAAAUGUGACCAGAGGUUGGUGUAUGAAGGCACCGUCCGCCCUGUCAUCUGUGGAGCUCACAGUGACCAGUGUGAGCCUUGCUGUUCUUCACACGUUCUGAGCUGUUUAGACAUGGGAAGUAGAUGUGGUCAGUCAGGCCAUCAGUAGUCCGAAAGCAGCGAGUCAUCUCCACCCAUUUAUCUUUCAGGGCAGUCAGCGGGGCCGGCAGGAAAGGAGAGGGCUUUCCUGCUUCCUCCUCCCCUCAUCAGUAGGUAGCAAGUCAGUUGUGGUAAGUUUGAAAAUAGGAGAUUAUUUGAGAAUGAAAGUUCCAAAAUUAAUUUGUGGGGAAAAAGACAAAAUAGCUAUCAGCUGCACUCAACAGCUAGAAUUUUAAAAUUUGAUAAAUCAAAAAGUUAAAGAUCUCUACAGAGAUGAAUUCCUCUGCUCAGAGCCCCUUUUUAGAGCUCUCUAGGUCUGUGAUGUUUGUUUUGCUAAUCUUAAGAUAAAAGCAGCUUAAACAGAGUAGGUAGGCUUUUCAACAUUUCAUGCAGCUGCUGAGAGCUUUCCUUCUGGGACUGACCAAACUCUCACCACGUGGUUGCCCGGUGAUGCUGUCAUUUUCUUGGCAGUGAAGGACUCCAGCUGAAGCCACUGCUGCAGGUGACUUCAGCUCCCUCAACGUGCAGAUGGUGCCGCAUGAAGCACACAGCUCUGGGCCAGGGGCGCCAAGUACAGUCAUUUAACUGAACAAUGUACAACUCUAUUUUUACUUUUCCAGCAGAGCAAAGACUCAAAAAUUCAUCCUCAUAACUACAUUUCCCAAUAGAACACUCCACAUUAUGAAAACUUUAAGUAUGUAAUUAUUUUGUUAAGAGUGAAAGUGCUCGAAAUCCAGACUUUAGGAGAAGAUACAGAGAACAGCACCAAGAAUGUAAGUCCAAAGCCCAUAGCAUUUCACUCAGCAGUUUGUAGUGGUUGAAGCCACACCCAAAGCAAGAACCACAGUGAGCUGAUGGAUAUUUUACAGGAAAACUUCAGGUUAUGAGUGUGAUAGUUCUGGGAGCAAGACUGGCAUCCUUGGCUGGAUGGGCAAGCACACGCCUCACAGGCGGCUAGGCCUCUUGACUCGCGGUGCGGAGGGGGGACGUGUGGAGACAACCAGGGUGUCUCCGGCGUCUUCAGGACACCUCUGUCGUGAUGGAUCCUGAAGGAAUUAGCAGGCAAUGUAUGCUGAUCCCACACAAAGGCUGUUACAGAACUCGUCCAGCCCCAGAAAGAGGGGAUGCAAAACAGGUCAUUGUCAUACUGCUGGGAAGACACUCAGCAUUUGCUAGGAUCACCAGAGGGGUGCGGCUUGCUUUUAACAGAGACUUUGGUUUUAUGAUAGACAUGAAAACUGUCAUUCCACAGACAAGAAGAGACGUGUGUAUAAGAUUAAAGGCUGAGCAGGUUUAGGACAAGUUCACACACACAGUGACAGUCUUCAGAGAUAUAGCUUUAAUAAUUAGAGACUUGAAAGCAGGUAGAACAAAACACUCAUGACACUCAUUCCAUUGACAAGAAAUUUAAUAUGGCACCAGGAGAUUUGCAUAAUUGACCUGUUUGGCUUUCUGCGACAAGCUCGGUGUCCUGUUGCAGAAGCUGAGCAUUGACAGGGGACAGAGGCAUAAACUGCAGCGCUUGAUAAAACAGAGCCCAGUAUUCUGAGGUUAGUGAAGAAAACACAAAAGACUUGACAGAUGCACUCCCAGAUCGCAUCUCACAGUCAUUCAGGGUUUAAGGCAAGGCAUUUUCAUGUGGAGUCUCACCUUUUCUUGUCCCAGUCAUGCAUCUUAGAGUUCCUUGGCUAAGUCUGCAGGUAGGAGAAGCGGUAGGCUUGAUUUGCAUCAAUAAAAGCAGCGAUCUGUGCUGGCCAUGCUAACCCUGUUGGCUGUUAGGGGGUAGGGGCACUCUGUAAAGGGGAGUCACUGGGACAGUGUAGGAUCAGCCUUCAGAGCCUGCUGCCUGACCCUAGAGGAGGAGCCUGCACACAUACUGCUGUUUUAGUUCACGAGCAGCUGUCGAAGCCUGUUAGCCAUCCUGGUUACCUGCUUGUGCCAGACAGAACUUCCUGUCCCAGGUAAGCACCUAAUUUUUUAAGUCUUAGUUCCUGUCACAGGCCCACUUGGGUUCAGGGCUUCUCCACUGCCCCGUCUCUGGGAGGUACGCAUCAGGUGGUAGCCAGUGGCUGUGUUCAGAGCGGGUUUGGGCAAGACAGCUCACAGUUGCGGGGGACCAGGCCUUCUCCGGGGGUGGCUGUGGUCAGUGGCAGCAGGGUCUGGUUGGGGUUGAGGUCGGUGUCAGGGACUCCUUCCUGGUGGCUACAAGGUGUCCUUGCUACAGCUUUCCUGAAAGAACAAUGUGGUCUUUGAAUCCUUGGCGGAACGGAUGGGCCUUUCCUGCUCUGCAGCCCAGUCUGUCUCAUAGCCCAUCCCAGACAGAGCACUCAAGGCCUCAGCCCCCUGUUGUGGUUCCCCUCCUUGGGGUCUAAAGAUCCAAAUGCCACGAGUGGUUCUCCCAUACGUGACGGGAAGACAGAGCAGCAGCGCAUUCACUCGACUCCCAGGUUGUGCUGAGAGGGAGGAGGGCUGGAGAGAGGGAGGCUGUGUGUGCUGAAGUACAGAGGAUCAGCUAUAAAUGCCCAGGCUUUGGUGACAACAGUUCGGGGGUCUGCUGGCAGCCACGUAACCCACACACUUUAACGCACUCAUUUGAGUGCUGCAGACCCCACCCUGGUUGGUAGCACACACAGUGAUGAAUCCCUGCCUUUGCCUUCUGUAUCAGCUAUUUGGGAGCCAGGGCUGGACAACUCUGCCUCCGUGGGGAGACAGGGAGCCUCUAGGGAGCCUCUGCCUGCAACUUCCGUGCCAUAGCCCAGUCCCUGCCAGGGUUUAGUUCAGUAAGCCACUCCCCCUGACCCCUCCAGCAGGUGCUGCAGGUGAGGCAUCCAGCCAGGAGCUACCUGGAGGGUUCCCCACCUCAAAGUAGUGACUGGCUGAGUGCUCUGUACAGGGGGUGGGGUGGCCGUGGGGGCCCAUCUAACAGACAGCUCCCACUGGUGAGCCCCUCCCAAUCUUGCCUCCCUUCUUCAGUCUCCUUUAAGGGCUGGGUCCAGAUGCCCCUUGAUCUGCAGCCUCAGCAACAAGCCAUGGGAUUCCCCUCGCAGGGUUGCAGGUGCAGCCUGCAUCAGGCCAGGCACCCCAGCAGCAUGGACCGGGGUGACACCCUCCCACCUCUUGCCUAGCGACCUGGCUCCCUGAUCAGCACCUGCCCUUCCUCAAGGGCCACCAAGGCCCCCAAGUGGGCCACGGGCCACCUAGACCAGCGCUGGGCAUGGCCUCUGCUUGACCAUGACACCUCAUAAGAAUCGGUCUUUAGAAGUUAGAUUUGGCCUAGAUGCCCAUCAACCUUGGAAUGACAAAAUGAAGUGUGGCUUCGUGGAGAAUGUUCAGCAGUGAAAAGGAAGGAGUUCAGAACACUGAGCAGGAAAAACAAAUUCCAGAGCCAAGAGAGUCCAAAGUACCUGCACACACAGAAAAGCUGGCCUUGUUCUCAGGUGUGGGGGAGGGGUGCGUCCAGACACAGGUAUUAAAUGGUGUGGGAGGACCCACGCUUCCCUCCCUGGGCAGGACAGUGAUGGCCAGAGAGCCUUUCAUUUCUGUGGCACAUGCUGGAUUUUUGAAAAGAAGAGAUAGCCAGUUUAAUGAAGGUGACUUUAGUAAUGCAUUUUCCCUGCUUUACUGACUGGCAUCUGCUCACCUUUGUCCAGUCUCUUGGUCAACAAUUCCCCACUGUCCAGGAUCAUCAGAGAAUGCUCCUCCCAAGGACUUGACCAAGCUCAGACUCUUUAGCUAGACAAUCCUAGGAAUGAGUCCCAAGGCAAUGAUGGGCCCAGUGAAGCCCUGUUUCUAUCAGUGAGGAGUUGGGAAAUGUCCAAGAAGGGGGCCGCAAGUCACUCAUUCCAAGUGCCAUCGAAGAAUAUUCAGCAACACAGAAAAAUACUGUUACGUGAAAGAAUAGAUAUGUGUAUAUAUGUACACACCCGUGUAUACAUGUGUGAACGCAGAUACAGUCUUGACCUAAAAAUGGCUGGGAUGCUGGUGGUAACUGCCUCUGGAUAGUUAAAUUUGGGAUUGUUUAAAUUUUUUCUUUAUACUUCCCUGGAGUUUCCAACCUUACAACAAACAAGCAUUGCUUUUAUAAUAAUAAUUUUUUAUAAAAGUGUUAUUUUGAAGGAAACAUUCCAUAAACUCAAGGAAAUUUGGAAGGUGCUCCACAACUGUUUUGCCUGGCGGCCCAUCUGGCCCUGGCCUGGUAGACAAGCCCUUGUGAACAGGUUUGGUUUUUGUGCAUAAUUAAGACAAAAAAAAAAAAAAU